AUGUCGCUGGCAGUUUACGAUGACGACGGUAAUUCUCAAGAACCAUUCGGUGGGCUAUUAGUUCGGCUACCGAAACGCACCGGCCCAAGGCACGAGCCUGCUGUUCUGGAUUCUCCUUGGUACCAGUACCUCACCCUACCAGAACAAGAGCGGAGGGGCGAUAAGUCGGAAAUCUUGUCGACAUUUGAGCCGUUCAGCCAACUACCACCGCAGCUCGACCCUCAUUCAGACACCCCGAAGUCGAAUCCCCCGGAGUUGUUUCUUGGCAUACCGCUCGACGAGGACUUCAUCGCCGACUACGCUUCCAAGUACGAUCUACUUGCUUAUAUCAACGGAGAGACGCUGGAUCUUGUGGGCUGGAAGCCUCGCCACGAAGUCACCCCAGAUCUUCUAAUCAGCCUUGACGCCACAUCCGAUUAUGUGUUCAAGGACAUAAAGGCGUGCCUGUGGCAGCAUGUUCGCUUAGAUCUUGGCUAUGGCAAUCCUGAUCCCCGGACCUCGUGUAUGCCUUUAUGGGUAUUUUGCUCCAACUUCGACCCGCUCGACCAGCGUCCGACAGCGGAGCAAAUCGCUGAGCUACGAAAGGAGCUCGGGUUGGACGAUAUUAUGUGGUAUUUAUCUAUGGACGCCUGA